AGAAAAGAAUGUUGUUGGCUUACCGUCUCUAUUUCCCAUUCUAGAGCACAAAAUUCCAUUCAUCUUAUCUAAGCAUUUGAAAAUAAACCCUUGAUUUCAGGAAGGGGCACUGAAAUUUCCCUUCGUGCAUGUCAUUGUCAUCUUUGAGGCUUCUUUUCUGAAUCACUCCAUGGUUCGCUUGUGUAACCAAACUGGCAGAAUUUGAGAAGAAAGAAUGAAAUUGUGCAUGCAGGUUCCUGAGUGAUCUUCGUCCUGGAUUCAGAAUUUUAGGUGACAGAUCUCUGCUCGGACUUCCAUAAAUGCAUAUCUGUGGAUAUGUUCCACCUUGGUUCUGUCAGAUUCUCGCUUGCAUGGGAGGUUGUCUGGGAUGCUUCCCAAAUCCAAAAGGCCAUGCAACAAAUAAAGACAACAGAUCAGAAGAUUUUUGGAGCAGCAGCGCAUUUGAAAUAGAUCAGAGUGCACUUCAGUCCCAGAAAAGCAUCUCAUCAAUUGGCAUACCUUCUGAUCCUCAAAGUAGUGCUGACAUUCAGAUUGAUUCUUCUGAAUAUGUCAAUCAUGGUCUUCUUCUCUGGAACCAGAUGAGACGACAGUGGGUUGGAAACAGAAGGCAUGAGAAUAAGAAACAAGUUGGAGAACCUAUAAUAAGUUGGAAUGCCACCUAUGAGAGUCUAAUGGGGACCAACAAGCCUUUUCCCCGGCCAAUUCCUCUUGGAGAAAUGGUUGAUUUUCUUGUUGAUAUUUGGGAGAUGGAAGGCCUAUAUGACUAAGCAGACAAAUCAGGUUUUUUUCUUCUUAGAUUUCUUAGGGGAGAGGGAGAGGGAGGUAGAAUUUGUUCUUCCUACUAUAUCCCCACUGGAUAGUUGUACAUACAUGGGGAAACUUUAUUUUAUUUUUAAAGCUAAAUGGGGAAACUCUUAACUAAUUUGUUUUAUUUAUUCUUUCUGGGGCGUCAUUUCUACGUUAAGUAUAUUACACCAAUUUGUGUUUUGAUAAAAAAUAUAUUCCUGGGGAGUAAUCAAUUGUGUAAUUCUCUGAUUAAGGUGAUUCAUGGACAUAUGAAUAUGUUUAUAGUUAUUGUAAAUAUAUUUAAGCGUAGUUCUAGUUCUCCAA